CCCAACAAUGAAAAAUGCAAAAUAUCAUAGCCAAAGUUCUGUUAACUUAAUGCCAAGUUCAGGAUAUUCUCCAAAACCUUCAAUUCAUGAUUCUUGUCUCAAAAAUAUUGUCCAAAACCACAAACAAAUAGUUUCAAUUCGUGAUAUUGUCCAAAUCCUCGCCACCUAAUUUACUAUCAAGUAAUUUACCAUUCAUGAUUCUUGUCUCAAAGUAACAAAUAGCAGUUUCAAUUCAAUAUCACUUACAUCCACUAGGCGGCGUCAAGGCGCGGAGCAGAGAAAGUAGAAGGAGGGCGAUGGGACUGGAGUCGAACGUCGACCGUCGGCGGGAGGUGGAGCCGCAGUCGCGCGGAGCAGAGGAGGAGAAGGAGAAGGGCGGCAAGACUGGAGGACGGCGGGAGGUGGCGACGUGGAGGCGCGGAGCAGAGGAGCAGGGGGAGGGCGGCGACUGCGAGACUGGAUUCGACCGUCAGCAGGAGGUAGAGACAGGUGUGGGCGGGCGGCAAGAAUGGAGUCGGACGAAGGGCAACUGUCGGUGAGGCGGCGAGCCCGGAGUCUCGCCUCUUGCGAUUUCGAUUUCAGUAAGGGAGAGGGAGAGGGAACGUGCGACUGCGGCCUGCGGCAGGUCUGGUAGUUGGGAGGGGGGGGGGGUUGGGAAAUAAUAAUGUUAUGGUUAGGGAGGGUUGUCUGCUGCGCAGGUCGAGCUCACUUAGUGUUUGAUUGUGGUCGGGUAUCCACGGGGCGGGUACUCCCAAACCCGAACCCGCCCCAACUCGAUCAACCAGCCACCAGAUCUAAACCCGAACACAAUCAAUAGAGUUUUACCUG